UUGUUGGAUGGAAGAAGAUGAAGGAGCUGCACAGUGAGCAUGCGGGGUCACAUGUCCAGCGCUAACAUCGAGGAGCUGCUCAGGCAGUCUCAGAUGGAGCUGCUGUGGAUCCAGAGGCAGCUGGCCAUGAUCUCUGCCAGGAACACACACCACCACCUGCACACCAAGGGCAAGCCAAGAUGUGAUGUGUCCCCCCUGCCGGCGUCAGGCCACCCCGCCCACAGCGUGAACCGCUUCCGGCUGCUGGAGGAGAAGAACCGAGCGCUGAAGCUGGAAGUGGCCACCCUCCGCCAGCAGAAGCAGCAGUACAGGACGCUGAAAACAAAGCUCCAUGCUGCCCUGCAGGAGAAAAAUCGCCUGAACCUUGAGCUGAUCAACCACAACCUGAGGGCGUCCAAGUAUGACCAGGUGCGAUCUGACUAUGACCAACUGAAGCAGACCUUCACUGUGGUGAGCCAGGAGAGGGACGUGGCCCAGGAGGAGAGGAACAAGCUCCAAGGCAAAGUGGAGAACCUGGAACAGGUUCUGAAGCAUAUGCACGAGGCUGCAGAGCAGAAGCAGCGGCUGCAGACAGAGCAUGAGCAAGCCCUGGUGGCCCUUCACACCAAGCAGAAGGAGAUCAAUCAACUGCAAAGGGCGCAGGUUCAAGCUGAGCAAGAGCAUGAGGGAGCAGUACACCUGUUAGAGGUCAAGGUUCGCGACCUGGAGCAAAAAUGCAGGUCACAGAGUGAGCAGUUCCAGCAGCUGUCCAAAGAGCUGCUGAAUUUCCACCUGCAGUCAGAUACCGUGGACGUCCUCGGCACCGGUUCCUGCUCCGGCUACCAGAUCCCCCUCUCGCCGGAGAAGAGACUCUCACAAAUCCUCAACAGACUGGCGACCCAGCCAGAGGCAGGCGAUGAGAGCGUGGCCAAUGCAGAGCCACUGAUCUCCAAGUUCUUACCCUGCCCACCGCAGACCGGAGACAGAGAGAGAGCCAAGCCGCUGUCCGUCAAAUCCAGCACCGUGACAACGGACCGCCCCAGCAGCCCUCGACAGGUGACCCUCUCAGAGAUGGAGGAUGAGGCCAGCCCAUCGCCCAGGUCCAAGCCUCGCUACACAGGCCAGGUCCGCCUUUGCACUGCCCGUUACAGCUAUAACCCAUAUGAUGGACCAAACGAGCACCCAGAAGCAGAGCUCCCCCUGGUGGCUGGAAAGUACCUGUACGUUUACGGCAACAUGGACGAUGACGGCUUCUAUGAAGGGGAGCUGCUGGACGGCCAGCGAGGACUCGUCCCCUCCAACUUCGUGGAGUUUGUCCAGGACAAGGAGAAACCAGCGAUUCAGGCUGGGGAGGGAGGGGAGGACCUGGGCCCACUGGACCACACACCCCUAAGCCUGAUGGGCGUGGAUGGAGGGUCGUCCCAGGACGGCCUCCUGGGCUCAGCCAACACCCUGGGACCCUGCAGCAACGGGACGGGGGGGCCCCUGGACCUCGAAGACCUGGCCGAAGACGUUGUGCCUUAUCCCCGGAAGAUCACCUUGAUCAAGCAGCUGGCACGGAGCGUCAUCGUGGCCUGGGAGCCUCCGCUGGUGCCCAUGGGCUGGGGGAACAUCUCCGGCUACAACGUGCUGGUGGACGGUGAACUUCGCGCCACCGUGCCCUUCGGGGGCCGGACCAAGUGUCUGCUGGAGAAGCUGGACCUGGACGGCUGCGUCCACCGCGUCUCGGUGCAGUGCAGCACCGACCGCGGCCUGUCCGACGAGCUGCGCUGCACCUUGCUGGUGGGAGCCAAUGUGGUGGUGGCGCCGUGUGGCCUGCGGGUGGACGACAUUCAGCGUGACACUGCUGAGCUCUCUUGGUUGCCUAGCAACAGUAACUAUGGGCACACAGUGUUCCUGGACGGGGCAGAGCACGCGGCGAUGAAGCCGGGAAGGUAUAGGCUACGCUUCGUCAACCUGAAGGCCAUGACGGUUUACAAGGUGACGGUGGUGGCGCGGCCGCACCAGGUGCCAUGGCAACUGCCGCUGGAGCAGAGAGAGAAGAAGGAAGCCGGCGUGGAGUUCUGCACGCAGGCUGCAGGUCCAACACCAUAUUGCAGAACAGGCCCUCCCCUCCCCCCGCAGGACGUGCAGGUGCUCUGUGGCCAGGCUCCAGGGGUCCUGCAGGUCUGCUGGAAGCCCCCCAUCCUAUCGCCCACAGGGACAUCCAAUGGUGCAAAUGUCAUUGGCUACGCAGUCUGUACUAAAGGACAGAGGAUAGCGGAGGUGCUGUACCCGAUGGCAGACUACGUUACCGUGGAGCUGACGAGGAUUCAGUGCCUGGAGGCCAGGGAGGUCAUCGUCCGAACGCUAUCUGCACAGGGAGAAUCCCAGGACUCCCAAGUCGCCGUCAUUCCAAACAACCUGCUCGUGCCUCUACCCCCACUGCCGCUGCCCCCGCCCAUGCACCCCCACACAGGCCCCCCUCCGCACCCCCAUCCUCAACCCCACCUCCAGUCUCCUCACCUCUCCCACCCCAAGCCUCAACUGCCUGCCCCGCCCCAGGCACAUGGACAACCUCUCCCGUCCCACCCUCCGCACCCUCAGCCCCAUCCCCGCCUCGCCCACCCAGGAGGCCCCCCUCAGCCCCAGCUUCGACACCCACACCCUCAGCCCCAGCCCUUACAUCUCCAGCCUCACCCGUCCCACCAAGGCCCCAGGCCCCAGCACCGACUGCCUCUGCUGCCCCACCCCCAGCCCCACCCCAUACCUCAGAGACCAGUAAGUGCCAGAGAUCUGGAUGCCAAAGAGCAGGCGGCCCACCACGGAGGAACCAUUCCACCCGGCCAGCCCGGCUGGGACCCCACCCGCUCUCCGUCCGCCCAGCCCCCGGUGCCCAUGCAAGGCCACACCCUGGAGGCCCCCCCCUCUGCCAACCCCCGCUCGCCCUCCCCUCAAAGGAUUCUCCCGCAGCCUCGAGGCACUCUCAUCCCCGACACCGUGGCCAAGGCCAUCGCCCGGGAGGCAGCACAGAGGGUGGCGGCGGAAAGCGGCAAGGUAUGAUAGGAAUGGAAAUGUGAAGAAGCGAGACUGCAGCAUUCAGUCUCACUGAACACACAACAAACUGGCGACAGGAGGCAGGGCGGCUACGGAGAGCAGGGUCAAUCAUAUCACCAGCAUCACUCGGACGAGGAAGAGGAGGACGAGGAAGGCUACGCUCGCGGCCGCAGGAGAGGAGCCUCGGUGGACGAAUUCCUCCGCGGGUCCGAGCUGGGGCGGCCGCCUCACUACAGUCACAGUGAGGAUUAUCACAGCGAGAGCAGCCGCGGCUCCGACCUGUCUGACAUCAUGGAGGAGGAUGAGGAGGAGCUCUACUCUGAGAUGCAGCUGGAAGAGGGACGGAGACGCAACUCACACAACACACUCAAGGCCAACGCUCCUGCUGGAGGUCGGAUCGACCGGGAGACGGGGAGACGGAUUCCCCACGGCGGCUCCCAACCCCAGCGGCGACCUCUCAUGGUGCCCUCUAUUGAGAUAACCUCUGAGAAUAACAGUGAGGGGAACGUCUCCCCCGUCAGCGAGGAGCUUUACUAUGGCAGAGUAGCUCGGCACAGGACGUGGUCCUCCUGCAGGCGCGCGGGCGGCGUGGGCGCCAGGUCUCCGUAUGAUGGCUACAGGGAUCGGGAACGCCGCUCCCCUCCGUACUACGACGAGUCGGAGCCGGAGGAAUCCUUCCGGAUCUUCGUGGCGCUCUUCGACUACGAUCCCCUCUCCAUGUCGCCCAACCCGGACGCCGCCGACGAGGAGCUGCCCUUCAAGGAGGGACAGAUCAUCCGGGUGUACGGCGAUAAAGACACGGACGGGUUCUACCGAGGGGAGGUGAGGGGCCGGACGGGCCUGAUCCCCUGCAACAUGGUGUCAGAGAUCAGGGCCGAGGACGACGAGACCAUGGAGCAGCUCAUCAAACAGGGCUUCCUGCCGCUCAGCACGCCGGUGGACCGGAUAGAGCAGAACAGGCGAGGCCUCCGGCGGGAUCAGGCCUCCAGGAGGAUGGUGGCGCUGUACGACUACGACCCGAGAGAGAGCUCCCCGAAUGUCGACGUCGAGGCUGAGCUGACCUUCUGUGCCGGCGACAUCAUCGCUGUGUUUGGAGACAUUGAUGAAGACGGGUUUUAUUAUGGUGAGAUCAACGGCCACCGUGGUUUGGUUCCCUCUAACUUCCUGGAAGAAGUGCCUGAUGACGUGGAGGUGUACCUGACAGACACUCCGUCCCACUACCCCCAGGAAGAGCCUGCCAGCCGGCCCGCCCCCGCCGCCGCCAACCCCGCCACCGCCACCGCCGCCGCCACCUCCGCCACCGCCGUCUCAGAGGGCAAACGGGUCACCACGGAAACCACCGACACCGCCGACAACGAUGUCACCCCCGUCCGAGCGCCGUCCCCCAUCGUGCGGCCCCUCCUCCCGGGCACCAUGCGGCCCCUCAGCCCCACGAGGGGCCCCCACCUCCCCCUGGACCCGCGGGAUUCCCAAGAUCUGGCAGCCAAGAAGAAGAAAGGACUUCUGUCCAAGGGGAAGAAACUGCUGAAGAGACUCUCCCCUGUGAAAUAAACACACACACACACACACACACACACACACAUACAUGUACAAUAAGUGCACAUGCCGGGCUCUGUAUAUUGCACACAUGCAAUCAGCUCUGAACCACAUGGCAGAGAGGAUGUGAGCUUUGUCUUUGGACUGUGUGAGCCAAUUUGAAUAUAAUCAGUGAUACAAUUAUUCAUGUCGAGUGAUGAAUACAAAUCAACUUAAUUAUGUACAGUGCAGCGUGCCAAAAUCAAGAGAGAGGUGAACUCACACACAAAUACAAUUAACUGUGAUGUAUUUUAAAUCAAGGGAUGAUUCAAAAAAAAGAAAGAAAGAAAGAAAGAAAGGAAAAAAAAACUAGGAUUUUCAUGACAUUUUUUUUCUCUUUUCUUUAUCAUCAGUUGAAUAAUUUUUUUUACAGGUGCGUUGAUUUCAAGCAGGGUAGCUGUGGCAAACACAUUGACCUUCAUCGAGGUUUUCCAUAGACUUUACUCAGCAAAAAAAAAAAA